UUACGGUAGGUCAGUCACUUGAAGAGGUGUGUAUAUUUACACGACCUUAUUCUACAUUAUAUAUACAGUAUAUAUUAAAUUAAGUAACAUUACUUUGUAGAAAUCUGCUUUCACUUUGACAUUAAACUGAUUUUUUUAGUAAGAGGCCAAAUCAUAUUGAAGUAAUUCCAUUUAUAAAGGCAAUAGAAGGGCAAAAUAUCCGAGGAGAUAAUACUUUUUUACUUUUUUAUAUUGCAAGUGGCUUUAUGUCCCAAACGCUUCAAACUUGUUUUCUCUAGAUGCAUGGAUUAAAAUGAUUCCUAAUUAACUUUGGCUUACCAAGGGCAGGUUGCCUUUACUACCACAAUGCACAGGGGUUGGUUUGAACAACUCUUAAACGAUUGGCCGAUGAAGGACUAAACAAAAGCCUCUUGGGGUUUUUCCGUCCCUGUGGGACAUUGUGACUCAGAAGUUUCUCUUUGAAGAGAUCUUGCUGAAUCUUAUCCAAAAACAGCCCCCCCCCCCCCCCUCCUGAAAACGUCUGCCUUCGUUUCACUUGUCCUUAGUGUUCCUCCGACUCUUUAAAAGCCAGACAUGGAGAAACACGCCGGUGUGGAGAUACCGCGCUGCUUUGGCUUUGAACAUUUUCAACUGUGACUGACAAACUGCUUCUGAUCAUGGCGUUGAAUUAUGAAUGAAAGCGCAUAGUCUAACUGAUGCUCCUGCCAUUUGUGAGUGUGUGGCGAGGCCCACUUUCACUGUCUUCUAGACCAGAGAAAGGAUACUGAACUGUUUUUUGUAGUUCAGGUAGUUACAGUAAGUUCACUUCAAGAACCAAUUUUUCCUGUUGAUGCAGCAAAAACUAAAAAAUACUGGCUGUGCCUUGGUGAAGCUGAGACUGUUAUCCAGUCAGUAGUAUUGAAACAAUACAGUAAAAAUGACAGUGACUAGGCUAAAUAACUGCCCCAACUAAUGCCAACACCAACAAACUCAAAUAUCCAAACUUCAAUAUCUGCUGGAUGUUGUUAAAAUCAGGGAGUCACACCAAUUUGUGUGGAAUGGCGGAGCCUCGGUUUAAUAACCCAUAUUUCUGGCCUCCACCCCCUGCCAUGCCUGGGCAGCUGGACAACCUGGUGCUCAUCAACAAGAUCAAAGAGCAGCUGAUGGCGGAGAAGAUCAGACCUCCACACCUGCCGGCCACAACAGGUGCUUCCCAGCAGCCUUUGCUGGUGCAGCCCACGUCCACGGAAGGUGGGCAGCAUACGAUGUCGGUGCCCAAGCUUCAGCAGAUGCCCGGCCUUCAUGCCCACAGUCCCUCACAGCCAGAUGUGGCGCUUCACGCCCGACCAGCCUCCAGCACUGUCGCAGGUCGAAUUCUUGGUGAUGUAAACUUGAAUCUGGAUGACAAAACGGCUCUGAAAGCCAGAGGACUAUGGGAAGACUGGCAUUUGCGUCAGAUUAUUGACCAACCAAGGACAAACCACCUGUCAGGUUUGGCUUUGGCCUCUCGCUCAUCCAAUCACGCGUCUUCAGAGGCGGUCACUCCGACGACUACUUCAAGCAUCCAGAGCAGACUGGGCGGCACCCCAAUCCACAACGUCAUCUCGGGAUUGGCCAGCAGUGCUGGAAUGGAGCCAAUCAAAAGUGGCGGGAGCCUGGCUGGGCUAUUGGGACCGCCCCCUAAAUUGGAACGAGGCCGGAAAAAGAUUAAGGCGGAGAACCCAUCGGGCCCUCUGUUUGUGGUACCUUAUCCAAUCCUAGCGUCGGGAACAGAUCAGCCCGUCACAAUCACUGCCAAAGAAGGGAAGAUAUACAGGUGUAAAGUUUGCCCGCUGACGUUCCUCUCCAAGUCAGACAUGCAGAUCCACUCCAAGUCCCACACAGAGGCGAAGGCUCAUAAAUGUCCCCAUUGCACCAAGUCUUUUGCCAACGCUUCUUAUCUGGCUCAGCAUCUACGCAUCCACCUGGGCAUAAAGCCUUAUCACUGCUCUUACUGUGAGAAAUCCUUCCGCCAACUCUCCCAUUUACAGCAGCACACCAGAAUCCACACUGGUGAUCGCCCUUACAAGUGUGCACACCCAGGCUGCGAAAAAGCCUUCACCCAACUCUCCAACCUACAAUCCCAUCAGCGACAGCACAACAAAGACAAGCCCUACAAAUGCCCCAACUGCUUCCGUGCCUACUCCGACUCCGCCUCUCUGCAGAUCCACCUGUCCGCACACGCCAUCAAAAACGCCAAGGCCUACGCCUGCAGCAUGUGUGGCAGGGCGUACACCUCAGAGACGUACCUCAUGAAGCACAUGUCCAAGCACACAGUCGUAGAACACCUGGUGAGCCACCACUCUCCUCAGAGGUCAGAAUCGCCUGGUAUUCCCAUACGGAUCUCUCUCAUCUGAGUUGCCACUCCUGAGUUCUGGUUCUUGCUCAUCGGCGUUCCAGUUCUCACCUCACCUGACCUCUGACCUCUGGUUCUCCCUUUUCAGCGGUUCCCCGACUUCAGCUCUACCCUCCAAUUCCAUAACACGGAGGGGCCUCUAUUGAAGGUCCACCUGUUAUCACCCAACUCUUCACAUCGCUAAUUUUCGUUUCUUUCAGUCUGCCUUCUUUUUCCUUUAACUCCUUCUUUAUGUUGACAUUGUGUUUUGUUUGAUUUGUUUGUCAGUUUGUUUGUUAUUGUCUCUCUGUCCAACCCACAGGUUGUCUAAACAUGUUCUAGCACUCUGUCUACAAGUAGAGGACAAUGUAAAAAAAAAGUACUUUCCUUUCACCAAUUUUAUUGAAAGGGGGCAAUUAGAUGGUCAUCCAAAGAUGGUUCAGCAGCACUUUCAAGCCAAUCACAUUGGCUGUUUUUGUUUGUUUUUCUUUAAUGUGUUAAAACACAAGGACCAUUGACUCUGGCAGCUACACUCUAACCACAGGUGUCACAUGACAAUUUAGAGUUUUAGAGAGAGUUUUAGUUCCAAUUCUAAUAACACACUUAAAGUUAAUUAAGCUUUAAACAAUAUCAAGUUGACUGUUACUUAGACCAUUUUUAAAAUACAUAAGACAUUUUUGAGAGCUUGAGUGUGAAGGUGCGCAUUCUAGACUUAUUUUUCUUUUCAUUUGUAAUAAAAUAUUUAAAUCAUGAAACAUAAUAGUUAUUAAUUAUUAGCUAUAUCAACAUGCAGGUUGACUGCCAACAGAGAAAAAUACAACCUUCUACACACGUUACCUGUUAAGCCACAUGAAGGGAGGUCAAACAGUAGACAUGUUCACUGACAUGCAGUGUAACUAGGCUUAUUGAGUGUUGGCCCAGCAAACAUGCUUCUCAACCACUUGUGUUCCUGUGAAAUGUAUAGUGUUAUUGUGGAAAUACGGUUAUCAAUUAAGUAUUUUCACUGCCUGUGUUAGAGAUCCGACCCCCCCACCAAAAUAAUUAAAAAAAUAAAUCAAAAUAAAAUAAAACCACACAUACAUUCACAAAAUACUUCCCAAUGCUUAGUUUAUUUGGGUAUAUGAGCUAUAGUCAACACAAUUGAACUGAUUGUGUUACUCCCUAGUAAUAGUGAUUUGUAUCAGUGAUACAAAUACAGUAGAUAGACAUUUCAUACAGGAGCUACUGUAUGUGGCAGAUGUGUGAUAACUAGCAACACAAGCGUAAUCAGUAUACAUAAUCUGUUAGUCUACAGCUUUAAAGCUGCUUGAAAAAUACCAAAUAUUUACUUUCAUAGACAGCCAAAUGAAUCACUCUAUCAAGUUGUAAAUUUGGCCUCUGAGAGUGUUCUCUUAAAGAAGGACAAGUAACAAUCUGGGACAGAUACUCUGACAGAGAUGCUGUUAUGGUCACCUGGGUUUAUUCCACAAACAUAAGCUGCCUCCUCCACUUGGCAUUGUUUUUAUAAUCAAGUUCAAAUAUGCAUGUUUGCUUUACACCUCCUAAGAAAUUAAAUUUCAGGUUUGGGUGUCCCAUUUAAUCUGUAUAGAUAACUUUUAUGUACAAAACCCCUUUUGUCCCAUAUUUUGUUUAACCAUGUCAAUAUAUAUAUAUUAAUAAUUAACAUUCUGUUAUUUUUAUACACAUUUAAGCCUUAACUAUAAUAUCAUUUUAUGUUAUUCAUUGCAUUUUAUAUCAAAGUGUACCAUAUUGGUGUUUUCUCCACUCAGUACUGUAUGCUUUUUGUAUUUGAUAGCAUGACAUAUACUGUAAAUAAACUAUAAAAUACUUAACUGUUAACCUGUUUUCUAUAAGAAGUGAUUAUAUAACUAGCUAUAUGAAUACAUUCCCAUUGUCUUGCAUAUUGAUAACCUAUGAAGUUGACUUUGACUGGUGCACAACAUAUACAGUCAGGGUUAAAGGCAAGUACAGUCAUUGUGUAAAAAUUAACAAUGCUAAAAUUAAAAGUACACAAAUAUG